UCGUACACGCAAAUCAGCAAGCAGUGGUGACGCUCAAGCAGGUAACGACUUCACCCCGAAGUCAGCAUGGCCGGCUUCCGGCGUGGCAUUACAUGUACCUGGUGUCUGCGUGUCGUCCUCAGGUCCAUCCACCGCUGUCUCCGUAGCCGGCCCGUCGGCGACCUCAGCUCCAGCGCACCUGCUCCACGUCAACCCCAAGGAGCCGUGAGGUGAGACCGGCCGUCUAGAAUAUAAGCCGGUGUCCUCCGGUGAUCCCGAGAUCGAGCUGCCCAAGACCAAGACGACAUCACCCUGCACCAGGAAGCUCAGCCAUCACACCGCCAGCACCGCGAAUGGCGUCCAACAACACCGCCGGCGAGGGCUCUGCCGACGAGGUCCUCCACGAAUUCGGCAUCGUCCGGGUCUACAAGAGCGGCCGCGUCGAGCGGCCCCUCGUGGCCCAGCCCGUCGCGUCGGGCCUCGACGCCGCCACGGGCGUCGAGUCCAGGGACGUCCAGCUCGGCAAUUACUCCGUCCGCCUCUACCUGCCCCCGGCCGCGGCGGCCGCCGCCCCCCGCGCCAAGCUACCGAUCAUCGUGUACGUCCACGGCGGCGGCUUCGUGGCCGAGUCGGCCGCGUCCCCAGGCUGCCACCGUUUCCUUAACAGGCUCACGGCCGCCUGCCCGGCUCUCGGCGUCUCCGUCGAGUACCGCCUCGCGCCAGAGCACCCGCUCCCGGCGGCCUACGACGACUCCCUCGCCGCGCUCAAGUGGACGCUCUCCGCGGCCGACCCGUGGGUCGCCGCGCGCGGCGACCUCGGCCGCGUCUUCUUGGCCGGGGACAGCGCCGGCGCCAACAUCUGCCACUACCUGGCCGUCCACCCCGACGUCAUCGGCGCCUACCAGGCACGUCAGGGUCAGGGUCAGGGCGAGGGCGGCGGCGCGCGGGCGCGGCGGAGGCUGAAAGGCGCCGUGCUGAUCCACCCCUGGUUCUGGGGCUCGGAGGCCGUGGGCGGGGAGCCGCGCCACCCCGCGGCGCGCGCCAUGGGGGCGCGGCUCUGGCUGUUCGCGUGCCCCGGCGCGGACGGCAUGGACGACCCGCGGAUGAACCCGAUGGCGCCCGGCGCACCGGGGCUGGACACGAUGGCGUGCGAGCGGGUCAUGGUGUGCGCCGCGGAGCACGACUUCCUGAGGUGGCGCAGCCGGGCGUACGCGGAGGCGGUGGCGGCGGCGAGGGGCGUGGAAGGGGAGGGAUCGGUGGAGCUGCUGGAGACGGAGGGCGAGGGGCACGUGUUCUAUGUGUUCAAGCCCGAUGGCGCCAAGGCCAAGGACAUGCUCGACAGGAUCGUUUCCUUCGUCAAUGCUCCGUGAUGCGCUAUUUGUUUCUUGCGUUCGGUUCGUAGGUGUUGUCGUUGUGCUUCUGCGCCUCUAUGACGUGUAGUAGAAAAGAGGGUAAAUUGGUGACAUGCUCAAGUUUUUCUCAUUGGAUAUGUACUCCUGCUUUUCUUUCAUAAGUCGCAAAUGAAGGAAUACCACUGUCAACUUCCAC